CGUCGAGCGGACCGCUCCCCCACGGAAAUGGCUGUUCAAGGGAAGAUUCAACAAUUUUUUCCAACGAAUAACAAGGAGAACAUCCCGUAUGGUUGGCGCAGAUCGCCGAAGGCUAGGAUCCGGAGGCCGGGAAGGAGUCUACUCCCAGAUUGGUACCCGCGGACACCACUUCGGGACAUCACAUCAAUAGUGAAGGCUUAUGAGAAGAAGCGCUUGCGCAUCCAAACAUCUCAGGCAUCUGCAACCUCUUCCUCAUCCGCGCCUGACCUUCAAAUCAGCAACCCACAGCCACAGGAAUCAUCAGCACCAACUGCUUCUCGCCCCUCCAUCACUCUGCCACUAGAAGCUUGCCCUACCAUCACCACCAUGGAGACGCCUCAGACUCCAGCCCUUCAGACUCCAACAUCUCAGAGCCCUGUCUUGAUGAAGAGGCCCGAGAACAAGAGGGUUCGGACUCUCAUGUCCAUGAGGUGAAACUUUGGUAAUCUUAGCCUCAACUGUUGCGCGUGUACAUUUUUUCAUUUUAGAACUACUACAUGAUAUCAUCUUUAGAUGAUUGAUUGAUCACUGCAUGUUUUUUUCAUUGAUUUUCUAUGGAUGUAUGGCAAAUCACUGUAGAGCUACAAUUUCAUUUUGCUAACAGAUAAUAGAGUCAGCCGAUGUUUUCAGUUUGAUAAGCCGCGCAUAGUCUUCAAAAGUGGAAGCCAAAGCUAAAUACAGUAAGAAGGCAAAGCUAAAAAAAAGCGCAUAAUUCACCAUUUUCUAUCAGAGAUUACAAUGAUGAUAACAUUCACAAGUAAGGAGAGCUAAAUCUAUCAUCUUCCUCAAUAAAUUAAAUUCCAUUUAAGAAGACAACCAAAGAGAGAGCUGUAACAAUAAUUACCCAAUUCGUCUCUACCUCUCUCUCUCUCAUCUCCCAGAGAAAACAAUCAUUCCCCAGCUGAAACCUCUUUGUAAGGA